AUGGAGAAAAAGAGUGUGAUUAAGUUCAGCCACUGUCAGAAGGAUAUCUUCUGUUUCUACGUCCCAGAGAAAUGUCCAGAGUGUGGAGUGAGCUUCAUCGGUGGCAGGCUGGAGCAGGCUCCUAUCAGUAUCCCCAACCCAUUUUCUAAUGGACACAAGACUCCAUGCUGCUUCCUGGUCGCACCUGCUGAGGAAAACAACCUCAGGGAGUUUGAUGGAGGCUCAGACCUACACACUGGGAUCACAGACACUAAUGGACUGGUGUUCAACUACACUAAGCCAGGGGUCCGGCAGGACCAGCGAGGCUGGGAGAUGUGUAUCAGUAUUCCCCUGAUCCAACCAGACAUGUUCAACCUCCUCAACCAGUGGGACCAAUACCUCAACAAGUUCUCAGACGCCGAGAUGUGGGACCCAGCAUACAAAAGGUUUAAUGAGGAGACCCACAACUGCUACAACUACACCCUGAUGUUUCUAAACUGUGUGCUAGCAACACAGGGGAAAGGUUCUCUGACCAAAGACCAGUUCACUCAGAGCUUCGUCCUGCCCAGGAUCAAGAGAGCCUGGAAAUACACCACAAUGUGCAGGGAGAUAUCACAGAACUACUUUUAUAUAGUGGACAGUCCUGUUAAUACUACAUAG